UCCUCCUCCUCCCUCUUCCUCCUCCAUUACCUCUCUCUCUUUCUAGGCGCUCCCAUCUCUCUCUAGAAAAAAGGAGCGAGGCGAGCAGGCCGGCCGGCCGGCCAUGGGGUUCCCGUCGGUGUGCUACUGCGUGAUCCUGCCGCAGCCGCUCAUCCUGGUGCUGCAGCUGCUGGACCUACUCCGGCACGCCGUCCUGCUCUGCCUCUCCUCGCUCGGGCUCGCGGCGCCGCCGGCCGCCGACGACCACCCGGCCUUCGCGGCCCCGCCGCCGGACCUCUGGGCGCUGCCUCCGUCCCUGCAGGCGGCCGCGGCCGCGGCGCCCCCGCCCACGCCGGCCGCCAUCAAGGCCCGCCUCCCCGCCGUCCGGUACGCCGACCUCCUCCGCGCCCGCCGCGCCCCGGCCCCGGCCACGUGCGCCGUGUGCCUGGGCGCGCUCGAGGCGCGGCACCGCGUCCGGGAGCUCGGCAACUGCGCGCACGCCUUCCACAAGGCCUGCAUCGACAAGUGGGUCGACAAGGGCCAGGCCACCUGCCCGCUCUGCCGCGCGCUCCUCCUCCCCGACGACGGCGCCGGCGAGCUCGCCGCCUCCUCCUCCUCCUCGCCCUUCUCCUUCUGAGACCUCGCGUCGCGCGCACGGUCCAGCUAGCCAAGAAGAACCGGAGCCCACCCAGCCCGAUUGAGAGCCAGGUCAGUAACCAGCUCGGUGUCCAUCCAUAGCUACCUACCCAGCUGGUGCGCCCCCGUCAUACUUCCGGCCGGCCCGUCCAUCCAUGGAUCCAAGCUUAGCUACCUUUCUUGGGGGAAAUGAAAUGGGGGAGGAGGUGGGGGAGGAGAGAGAAAGAAGAGAGAGAGAGGAGGUGUCAGUGAGUGUGAGGUGGUGGAGUAUUACUGGUAGGUGAGGCACUAAUUAUGAGGAGGACAGGGAUGGCUACCUGCAUUGGAUCUGGUGAAUGCAUAGAUCCAUCCAUCCAUCCCCUCCACCCUUCUUCUCUUCGGCAACUCCAAUUCACUCUCUCCUCCCUCUUUUUUUUUAAUUAAUUUCAUUUUCCCUUUUUUUUUCUUUCUGAGGGCUCCCCUUUUUAUUGUUAACCUAAUUUGUGAGGGGAACCAAGAGAGAUGUACAUUGUACAUAGCUGCCUCCACUUGACAAUAUUGCAAGAAAUAAUUUGUCUCUCACAUGAUCA